UAAGUGGUUAAAUAGUUGGAGAAUUAUGUAUUUAAACGGUUUGAAACGAAGUGCCACCAUUGCCAGUGGAGUAAUCCGAAGAAAUUUAUUCCAAUCGGCUACGAAAUUACACAGCAAAGCAUAUGAUUAUGAUGGCAAAACAAAAAUCGACAUAUUCAAUACUCAACAGGAUUUGGGUAUUAUGAUUACGGGUUAUAGCCAAUUUGGUUUUCGUAUGAAUAAUGAUAUGGUUGUGAUUGGCCCAGUGGCAGUGUUUCCAAGAUCGCUGCUGUCGUGGAAUGUUAACUCGGUGGAUGAUAUUAAUGAAGAAAGUCUAUCGCUGUUUACCGCUCUGGAACCCAAAAUUGAUGUUUUGAUUUUAGGCAUUGGUGAUCAAACACCCUCACCAAAUAUCUCCAAAGAGAUUUUAAGUUUUAUGAGAAAAUACAAAAUCAAUGUGGAGGUUUUGAGAACGGAACAGGCCUGUGCUACAUUUAAUUUCCUGAAUGCCGAAAAUCGCAUGGUGGCCUCAGCCUUGAUACCGCCACUGCAUAUUUCUUAUAAUGAAAAUGAUUUGAUGGCCACAAGUGCUAGGAAGUUGCAGGAAGGUUUUUAG